CCGGAUCCCUCAGGCAUGUGCUCAUCCGUUGGCCUGGUCGUCGAGGGCAUUCCGCUGGGCAGUGGUCGCCAGUUUAGCCCCAGGUUGACCAUGAAAAAGGAAUACAAUACCAGGUGCUUUCGUCCGGAGCGCUAUCGUCACGAGGUGGCCAAUCACUAUAGGGAUUACAAGCUGCAGCAGCAUCUGCAGCAGCACCAGCUGGGAUCUGGAUCGGGAUCCUUGGGACAUCGUCGGCACAGGAAGAGAAGGCGUCAGUUCUUUGAGCGCACAGCGGAGGUAUCUCGAGUGUCCGCCUCAUUAGCGUCGGGAUAUGCGCAGUUCCGCGAUGUGUGGCCAAUCCAUGUGCACUACUUUCCCAGAUCCGACGAUACUACGUAUGCCGCCCGUGGCCGACGGACAGUGUGCUCCGGUGAGCCGCCCGACGACACAUACAACGACGCAGUGCGUCGCAUAAGGAGCGCCCACAGCUGCGAGCAGCUGCGUCACCUGGUCCAACGGAUCCCAUGGCGGAGCACCAACUGCAGCGCCGGCAGCAGUGAUGACCAGUUGCCGGUGGCCCCCGCGCACGGAAGCCAAACCAGCGACAGCGGCCGUGUCCGUGUCAAUUAUAAGCUAAAUAUUAAUAAGUGCCCCCCCGCGAAAGCGGAAAGCCCACAACAGCAGCCGCCAAUAGACUUCUACGGCUAUUUGCAACUGGCCAGCGGCUAUUACGAGCGGGGGUUGCAGGCGAACAUCAAGUACCUGCAAUCGAUUGGCCAGCGCCAGCGGCGGCGUAAUGCAAUAAGGCCGGCACCGGGCUUAUUCUUGGACGCAGUGCAGCGUGGCGAGAGUCCGGUGCGAAAGCUGACCGGGCGACUGGUGACGCUGCUCAAGAGUCUGCGACGCAAGGCGGCCAAGGAGGAGGUGGGCGACCCCGGCAUCUGGGUGAACAUCAGAUCGGUCAAGCGAGGGGAGCAGGAGCAGGAAAAGGAGGAGGACUCGAACUCGGACUCGGGCUUGAACUUGAACUCAAACUCAGAGGAGGAGGGAAGAGAGGAGCCAAGAGAAGGGUCGGCUAGCAUGCGUGAUUAUUAUGCCCCAGGCUAUACAACCACGGAAUCAGGAGGAGCCACAGGAGCAUCAGCCUCAUCCAGAGCCACAUUCGCCUCAUCAGCGGGCGGAGCUGCUGUAGCCCAAGCCACAUCCACAGCCGCCGAUCAACGACGUCUCUACGAGAUCAUAGACAAUCUGAGCCACCUGAGCAUCGGGGAUACCGGCGGCAGUAGUAGUAGUAGUAGUAGUGGUGUUGGUCGCAGGCAACAACUGACGCUGACGCUGCCCCAGAUCACGCUCACCGACUGUACCGCUCAACAGGUGGCGCUGUACAGCGCCAGCUUCGACAUUGUCACACUGCAGAUACCCAACGAAGCCAGACCACCGAACCUCAAUCUGAGAGCCACGUAG